GUGAAAAAUAAAUAAUAAAAAAUAUUUUUCAUGCAUUAAUUCAUAAUAUAUUUUCAUUAUGUUGUAUAUUAUUUAAUUUUUAUUAAAACGAUUACAAUCGUGUUAAUAAUUAACACUUGAAAAUUAUUCACGAAAAACAAUUUAAAAAUAUAUAUAAUUUUUAUUUUUAAAAUUCCUGGAAAGAAGGUGAGUGAGCCUGCUUUAAUAGUGUGGGGGGCAUUUUAUAUAGUUUAAAAACAUAGUAUUGUCUGAAUGGAUAAUAAAAUUCAAGAAUCAGAUAAUGAGAAUAUAAAAAGGAAUGGGACUAUACCUCUGUUACUAAGUGUUGCUACAGUUAAUAGUAAUAUGAUAGUUCAUUCUAACACUACUACUAAAAAGAGUUACUUUCAAAUCACAAGUGUUCAUGAAGAUAUAGCCCCUACCCAUGUGCAUAAUGAAAAAUCUGAAGAUAAUGAAAAUUUAGAUGAAUCCGAAACCAAAGGAGGUUUCACAAUAGAUAACACUGCCAUUAAAUAUGAAGGCAACAUAAUUGAGGUCAGUAAACAGUAUCAUCAAUUACCCAUAACCUUUAUUGCUCAAAUUAUAUCAACUCAAUCAAUUUCCCAAAUUACAUCAAAUACCAACAAACAACCUAUUGCACCACCUCCUAAUAUAAUAACUAUAGUAACCAAUUCUCAAACAUCAUUUUCAUCUAUAAAACCCUCAGUGCCAAGAUUUAAGGUUGUAAAAAUACCAAGUCAGAUCCCUUAUAAAAAAGGUAGAUGGAUUUGCACAGAUGGUACAUAUAUUUCAUUGCAAUCAUCACACACAUCUCAAGCUGUAGCAUCACAACAUAUCACAAUUGUAAUGUCCAGUCUAUCAAAUGUUCCUUUAUCAGUGCUGCCAUCUACAUCUACUAUAAAUACUAAUGUUAAUUUUACACAGGUAAAUCAAUUUUUAAACAUCAACAAUACUCUAAAACAGCUGAAUAAACUUCCUUCUAACAUUACACCUAACACUAAUGAUCUUAAUAGACCUAUAACCCCAUCAUUACUUGGUGCUGUCUUAUCAGUCAACAAUACUAUUCUUAUCACAGAAAAUACAGAUUUUGAUAGAAACAGAAGUGUUACUAACAAAUUUAGUGCAUAUAUACAAGGGGAUCCUUCAAUCAAUACACUCAAUGAUAACAAAAUUUAUAAAAAUGCUCAAAUCCCCUUAAAUGUUAUUCAUAAUGAGCCCUUCAAUGUUAAAAACAACCAUCUUCAUGAUUUUAAUCAGAUAAUUAAUCAGUCCAAUACUGAAAAUCAAGGUGGGCUAGGCAAAAAUAAGGUAUUCCUAGUUACCAAUAUCAAUGACAAUGUAAAUAAUCCAUUAGAUAAACAAUCUAUACUUGUAUCCCCUACACAUGGAAAUGAAGAUCAAACAGCAGAACUUUUAAAAUCUUCAAUAUCCGAUGUAACAAAUUUUUUAUACCCUGCAAAUAGUAUGGAUAUAACUGAUAAUUCAAUCAGCAUUGCUAUAAACAAUGUUAAUAAUAAUAAUGAUGUAAAUUCAUUCCCAUAUUCUCCUAACUCAAUCCUUGCCACCUUUGCAUCAAAUGGUGGUGAAGAAGUACAUUGGAAGCAUAACAAAUUAUUUGACGAUUCUGUCAACAAUGAGAAGUUUUCUGGUAGUUUGGAAGAAUUAGCCACCAGUAAUACUCAAGCCAUCGAUAACAAGAUUGAGUUGGCGAUGGACUUAGUCAAGAGUCAUCUAAGACUCGCCGUCAAAUCCGAAAUGGAUUAUUUGAGAGAACGGGUCAAGGAUUUAACGGAGAUCAACGAUAAUUUACGCACCGAAAAUUCUUUUUUGCGGUCCCAUUUCUCAGUCACAGCUGAAGAUAACGAUAAUAACCCUCGAAUCGGUGAUGAUACUUUUACCCCCUUUACCAGUAGUAACGACACAUUAACUGGCGAAGAAUCCUCCUAUCUGCUAAAUAAAAAAAUGCCUAACAAUACAUAUGUAACAUAUCUCGAAAACAAUAAUACAAUUUCCGAUUCCUAUAUAAACAAAAAUUCCAAUUUAAUCUCGAGCGAACAUUUCGAAAGCGAUAACGACAAAAAUCAGAAUAGCGAUCGCUCUUCGAUGAUGCCCAAUCACGUGGCUAAUUCUAUCGACAACCAAACGAAUCAAUUAAAUCAAUCUAUCGCUUUCAAAGAAUUCGUUGCCGAUAAAUACCCUCAUCGCCCAAAUCAAAUUGACGAUUUUUAUUCACAAAAAAACAAUACCACUCUCUCCUACUCCUCGGCAUAUUCGAAUCCCAUUUCGUCCAUCCCCCUAAAACACGUCAACUAUUCCAAGAUUAAAAAUAAUAAUCAUUAUCUUUCUACGAAAAAAAAUGAUAUCGGUAAUAAUAACAAUAAAGCUAGCAACCAUAUGUUAAACGACAUUCACUCAAACGAAUUUACUAAUCAUGAAUUCAACGAAUGAUAUAACAGUUUCAGGAAAAUUUAUUUGAUAAAAUUAUGACCAAAAUUGCAAAAAUAUAUUUUUAAAAAAAUAUUCAAGGAUACUCCCGACCACAUUUUUAAAUUAAUUAAUGUAACAUGUAGUUUGCUGAUGAUUAUAGUAAUAUAAUAGUUAUGAUAGUUAUUGAACAUGACAUGUAUUUAAGGGGCCAUAUAUCGCGAUCAUGUAAAAUGAUCUAAUAUAACAACUUGUAAAUUCAAAAACGAUUUUCAAAAUAAAUUAAACUGUGAAUGAGCUAAUCAAAUAUAAAAUAUUAUUUUAAACUUCUCUUUCUUACAAUAUAUCUUAUUUAUUCUUUAAGGCAUGCUAUCACAAAAAGUAUUAAAAAGACUCUCUUCAACAUUUUGUAUUUUUCCACUACAGAAUUAUGUUACCCACCAAAUUACCUUUUCUUUCAGAUAUAAAACAGACCAUAAAACUAAUAAAUUUAUUGUAUUCCUUUCCACCACAAAACAUUUUUUUAAUAAACAGAAAUAUUCCAUAUUAUUUUAAUUCAAAUUUUUUUAAUGUGAUAUCUUUUUUUGUUUAUUAAUUAAAAAAAAAUAAUAUUUUUUAUUUCUUAAAUUUAAAAAUCUUUUAAUUUCUU